AUGGCUAGUAUUUCAGCACUGCUGCUUUUUGCAGGACUGCUCCUUGGGUCCAAUGCUCAGCCUAUCGGUACGUAUCACUAUGAAGAAAAGCAGAGUCCUACCGGAGAUUUUUUCUCUCUUAUAUUCACUGUGGACGCGGACAGGCGUGUGUCUAUGUUCUUCUACUGCGCGGCUGACCAACACUUUUCGGACGGAGCACUUCCACUCAAAAAACAAGGGGGAAGCCAAGACAUCUACAGCAUCGACUACAGCGGGACUUGUACCGGAACUGUCGAAUGGUGGUAUAACAAGGUUAGAUCAACAUGCCCAUCAGGCGGUAAGCCUCCGCAUUUCUUUCCCUAUCAUGGGAAGAUCGUGAAAGGCGACCUCGAGACGUUAGAAUUCUUAUCACCAAAUAAGGUCUUGACUAAGUUCGAGGGCCGUACUCUCUCCUUCUCCAAAAUAGGACAGUAUCUCACACCAGCUGUCUAUCACUUCUCUUCCCAGACCUUCGAUAUUCUAUAUGAGGUCUACGGAAUUAAUUCUCCGCAGCCCAACGAUGCCAAUAUAUGGAUGAGCGUGAGGUGCAAGAACCAGCCGCUUCAUGGUCGCUUCCAAAGCGAGUUCCAGGUCUCGCGUACUUCUAGUGACACUUCAAUAUACGUGGAUAAGGAUUAUGAGAUCUCCGUGGCCUCUGUACGUCGCCUGAACCAACUCAAGUUCUGGUUGAGGAGAAGAUGUGGUAUAACUACUAGCCACGACGAUUUCACUAAAGUACGUCAGGAGGUGGGUGGUAGAUUUGCUCCAGAGGUUGUGGUCACUGUUCUGAAUGGUGAAGAGAUCUAUCUUAGGAAACUUCCGUGA